AUGGGAUAUGAACCAGCCUAGGAUCUAGGUGGACUUGUGGUGAUAAAUUUGGGUGCAAUUCUUGUAUGGAUUUUGUCACCUUUUGUUACUUUGUACACUAUUAAUUUUGUCACUACCAAAAAAGACAUGAAGUGAAGAUAUGAGUACUUCGGCUCAAGAUUAUAAAAGACGGAGCAGGUAUCCACCAUAAGGACAACCAUACCCCACCGGAGCCAAUAAAUGUCGCCGGUACACCUUCGGCAGUAACUUUGCGGCGCGACUAACCAUUUUUCGCGCGUCCCUAACAUCGGUAAAUACUACAACAGCUUGCGAAGGAGCCGAAGAUUAAUCCGCUUCUCAAUCCCACUUCCAACCUUAAAAUUUUCAACUGACCAAUUGCUACUACUUAAUUAAAGAAAAACCCCAACUUCUUUUCUCCGUUCUCAUUAGGAGGAGCUCAAGAAAGUGGGAUUCUCUGGUGACCCAACAAAAUGGCGGAUGAAAGCUCUGUUCCUCACAGAAGAGACCCCAUCAAGUCCUCAGUUGGGAACGUGGCGGCACAGAGGAGGAGGCAACAUGCUAUCGCCGUGGCGAAAGAAAGAAGGGAAGCAGUGAUGCGGACGAAGCGUCUCUGUAGAGUUGGAGUAGUUGGGGAGGGUGAUGAUCCCAUUAUCGAGGAUGAUAUGAUGACUGACGAACAGCUUAACAUUUUAGAAGAUCAGGCUUCUUCUGCUGUUGAAGAAUUGAAGCUUGCAGUGUCGUAUCAGGGGAAAGGAGCAUUGCAGAGAAGGGUGGCGGCUCUUCGUGAAGUAAGACGGUUCUUGUCUAGACCUGAAUUCCCUCCCAUUGAAGCGGCUAUCAAAGCUGGGGCAAUACCCCUUCUUGUUCAGUGUCUUUCAUUUGGUUCUCCUGAAGAGCAGUUGCUUGAGGCAGCUUGGUGCAUGACAAAUAUAGCAACUGGAAAUUCUGAAGAAACAAAGGCAUUGUUGCCUGCAUUGCCAUUGCUUAUUGCUCAUCUUGGAGAGAAGAGUUCCUCACAUGUCGCUGAGCAAUGUGCUUGGGCCAUUGGAAAUGUUGCCGGUGAAGGAGAGGAACUGAGAAGCAUUCUUUUGUCACAAGGAGCCCUUUCACCCCUUGCAAGAAUGAUGUUGCCAAACAAGGGGUCAACUGUGAGAACAGCUGCAUGGGCAUUGUCAAACCUAAUAAAGGGACCAGAUCCUAAAGCUGCCACUGACUUGAUAAGAAUUGAUGGCGUACUAGAUGCAAUUCUUCGACACUUAGUGAAAGGGGACGAUGAAUUGGCAACAGAAGUUGCUUGGGUUGUUGUUUACCUCUCCGCACUUUCUAAUAUGGCUACCAGCAUCCUGGUGAAGAGUGACCUGCUCCAAAUAUUAUUUGAAAGAUUGGGUACAUCGAAUAGUUUGCAACUCCUUAUCCCGGUGCUACGGGGUAUAGGUAAUCUUGUGGCUGGUGAUGACCACGCUGCAAGUACUCUGCUUGCUUCCAGACAAAAGAUCACAGACACUGUGAUACCAGCUCUAGUCAAAUGCUUGAGAGGUGAACAUCGAGUCCUAAAGAAGGAAGCUGCUUGGGUACUAUCCAAUAUAGCUGCUGGCUCUGUCGAGCACAAGCAAUUGGUGUAUUAUAGUGAAGCAGUGCCUGUUCUGUUACGCCUUCUUUCAACUGCACCUUUUGAUAUAAGAAAAGAAGUGGCAUAUGUACUUGGAAAUUUAUGUGUUUCAUCCGAUGGUUCUGGGAGGCCACAAUUGAUUGUUGAUCACUUGGUUUCCCUUGUUGGCAAAGGAUGCCUUCCUGGUUUCAUUGAUCUCGUGAGAUCUGCUGAUAUUGAAGCAGCAAGAUUGGGGCUUCAAUUUAUUGAAAUGGUCCUUAGAGGGAUACCCAAUGGUGUAGGCAUCAAACUAGUCGAGAAAGAAGAUGGUAUUGAUGCAAUGGAAAGAUUUCAGUUUCACGAAAAUGAAGAGCUGCGAUGCAUGGCUACUGAGUUAGUUGAUAAGUACUUCGGUGAGAACUACGGUGUGGAUGAUUAGUUUGCAACCUCCUCCAGCUGAACAUUGUGUACAAGAUUAAGAUUACUGUGGUAAUUAAAUACAGCAGUCACUUGCUGUGAAAUGUACUUAGGUGGUACUGAUUGUGUAGCUAAAAAGCUGCUGUAACUUGUAAGCUUACAGUUAUUUCCUCCUGCUUGGUUAUGAAAGGUUAUUGACUGUCCGUUGAGAAAGUUCUCACUAAAGAUAGUUUUCUCGCUUUUACAUACUUCACCUCUGGAAAAAUGAUGCAGUAACAUUUGACCUGUUUUACACACUCAUUGAAAUGAAACGGUUA